UGUUUUCGUACAAAUAAUCGUAUAAUAUAUAAAUAAUCAGAUCGAUUUCUCUUUCAAUCUAAAAAGUUUUUAAAAAUUACGCUCCUAAAUAUUUAAUCUUUUAAAUCUUGAAUAAUAUAUUAACAUUAAAAAUCCUUCCAAUUUUAAAAUUUACCGGUCCUUCUGUAAAAACAAACAAAGAAAUUAAUCCAUACGGAUUGCCGAUUCAAACCUAACCAGGGAGUGCAAUUCCUUAAUUUAGACGUCAAAUCACUGAAUUAUUUCCCCACAAAAAGUCCAAAUAAUUAAAAUAAAAAAAGGAAAAACAGGCUGCAAGUGGCCAACUCAAAUCCGGUGGUUCAUUUCCUUCUUUUCUUCUACAGGUUUUUAGAAGUUAAUGCUCAUCAACAACCUUAAGGUUAAGCCUUUUUUUUUCUUUGCUCAAAUCCAACCAAAUACCUGAAAUUCAUCAAUUUCCAUCAGUUUCCAUUGUCAGAAAACAAAAGGUUUUCAACUUUCAAGUUUCAACAAUUCACAUUCACAAAACUCCAAAGCAUGUUCUACUACAAAAGUUCUCAAACAACUACCUCAUGAAACCCAUCUUCAUUUCAAUCUGAAAACCACUUUCCAGCACUGUGAAUCAAACGCAGUUUCAUUGUUGGUUUUGCCCCUUUUGUUUUUAGAGCAACAAAAACGAUGAAACUAAUCGGUUUCUCGUUGUUUUUAUGGACAACAUUGUUGGUGAGUGUACACUCAGAUCUAGCUUCCGACAGGGCAUCCCUGGUGGCUCUUCGAGCAGCUGUUGGUGGACGCUCACUUUUAUGGAAUCUGUCGAGCAGCCCGUGUAAUUGGACUGGUGUAACUUGUGUCCAAAACAGAAUCAUCGAGUUAAGACUCCCUGGAAUGGGACUGUCAGGUCAGCUUCCCAUUGCCAUUGGCAACUUAACUGAGCUCCGAACUCUUUCACUUCGUUUCAACGCUCUGUCUGGGCCAAUCCCAUCUGACUUUGCCAAGCUUACCAACCUUCGAUAUCUCUACUUACAGGGGAAUAGGUUUUCUGGUCAGAUUCCUGGGUUUUUGUUCUCUUUACAAAAACUGAUCAGGCUUAAUCUUGCAAACAAUAAUUUCAACGGUACCAUCCCUGAGAGUGUUAACAAUUUGACUAGGUUGGGUACUUUGUAUUUGGAGAACAAUCAAUUAUCUGGGUCAAUACCAGAUAUUAAUUUGCCUUCACUUGAGCAAAUCAAUGUUUCUUUUAAUCAUUUAAAUGGGUCAAUCCCAACAGGGUUAUCAGGGAAGCCACUGAGUGCUUUUUUAGGAAAUUCUUUAUGUGGGAAGCCUUUGGUUUCUUGUAAUGGGACUGAGAGUAGCAAUGGGACUGAGAGUAGUGGCAACAAAUUGUCAGGUGGAGCAAUUGCUGGCAUUGUUAUUGGGUGUGUGCUUGGUGUUUUAUUGAUUUUGGUUCUCUUGAUAUGUUUAUGUAGAAGGAAGGGUGGUAAGAAAACGGAGACAAGGGAUAUUGCCCCUGCUAAACAGGCUGAGGUUGAAAUUCCGAGAGAUAAGGCAGCAGGGGAAAGUGAUACUAGAAGUAGUGGUUUGUCUGGGGUAGUCAAGAGGGAUGCUAAGAGUAGUGGGAGUAAGAAUUUGGUGUUUUUCGGAAAGGCGUCCAGGGUAUUCGAUCUGGAGGAUUUAUUGAGGGCAUCUGCUGAGGUAUUGGGGAAGGGAACAUUUGGGACGGCCUAUAAGGCCACUUUGGAGAUGGGGAUGGUUGUUGCAGUGAAGAGGUUGAAGGAUGUGACGGUGUCAGAGAAGGAAUUCAAGGAGAAGAUGGAGGUAGUCGGAGCCAUGGAUCACCAGAACUUGGUCCCAUUAAGGGCCUACUACUUUAGUGGGGAUGAGAAACUUCUUGUUUAUGAUUACAUGCCCAUGGGAAGCUUGUCUGCACUUUUGCAUGGUAACAGAGGAGCUGGUAGGACUCCAUUGAAUUGGGACACAAGAUCUGGCGUUGCUCUUGGAGCUGCCAGAGGCAUUGCAUACCUCCAUUCUAAGGGCCCAGGAAUCUCCCAUGGAAACAUCAAAUCGUCAAAUAUCCUACUUACUACAUCCUAUGAAGCUCGGGUAUCUGAUUUUGGUCUUGCUCAACUUGCGGGCCCCACAUCAACUCCCAACCGUGUUGAUGGCUACCGGGCUCCAGAGCUAACAGAUUCUCGGAAGGUUUCACAAAAAGCGGACGUCUACAGCUUUGGUAUAUUGCUUCUGGAACUGCUUACUGGGAAGGCACCCACACAUGCCUUACUGAAUGAGGAAGGAGUCGACCUUCCAAGAUGGGUCCAAUCUAUAGUUCGAGAGGAGUGGACUGCCGAGGUGUUUGACCUCGAACUUCUGAGAUACCAGAACGUUGAGGAGGAUAUGGUCCAGCUCUUACAGCUUGCCAUUAAUUGCACUGCUCAAUAUCCCGACAAACGUCCAGCAAUGGCUGACGUGACAAGCCAAAUCGAAGAGCUCUGUCGCUCUAGCUCAGAAAAAGAGACUCAAAUCCAUGAUGCAGAUGUUGGGUCUUCCCAGCAGACAUACUCAGUUGAUUCAGGUGCUCCACCAUCUUCAGUAAAGGACUAAAAAGUUGAGCAAUCCUUUCAUUUCAUUUUUCCCUUAUCAUUUCUUCAAUAUUUUCCCCCACAUUGCCCAUAUUCAUAGCAACAUUUUUCUUAUUUCCCUGUAAUUUUACUUUUUUAUUAUUGUAUUUGAUAGGGGGACUUCAUAUAUGCUAUUAAGCUUUACUU